AUGAGUGGAACAGAGAAAGGUUCAGGAACCACGAAAACACCAGCUGAUUUCCUCAAAUCCAUUCGUGGUAGGCCGGUUGUUGUUAAGCUCAACUCGGGUGUCGAUUAUCGAGGUAUCUUAGCUUGUCUGGAUGGCUAUAUGAAUAUUGCAAUGGAACAAACAGAAGAGUAUGUUAAUGGACAACUGAAGAACAAGUAUGGUGAUGCAUUCAUUCGAGGGAAUAAUGUUUUGUACAUCAGUACCUCAAAGAGGACUCUAGCAGACGGGGCUUAG